UAUAGACAUUGUGAAAUGUUUAUUAUAUGUAUUGACCCAUUGUAUGUAUUCGCUGGUGCAGACAUCUUUUUAUUUUACAAAGAACUUUAGUAUACAGAAAUUUUCUUUUCCUCUUAGUGAAAACUUGGCCGUGUGAUGAAGUCCGUUACAAACUUCGAAGUCAAAAAGGUCCUGAAAUAUGCAAAACUCAUCUUUAUACUUUUCUUCAUGCAAAAGGACUAGUAUAUAUGUAAUAAUGAAAGCCAGUUGGUGGAUUUUACUUCUUUGUGUUGUUGUACAUGUGAGAAAAGUAUGUACACUAACAGAUAUACUUCCUAGCAGCACAGGUAUUGUUCCUACACCAACAGAACAAACAAUGGCAGAUUUAUCAUUUAAUAAUAGCUCAAUUGCAUAUCAGACACAAUCUAUUUUAAGUAAUGACUUUUCAACUUUGAAAACACAGAUAUUUUCACCUGGUAUAAAUGUAACAUCGUCCAGUAUUGUAGCUGAUGAUAUAACAUUGACUUCCGUCGUGUCCAUUUUGUCUGGUUCUUCUGUUUCUUCAUUUCUGACUCUUACAAACAGUGAAGGACCAAGUAACGCAGAAUCGACAAGAAGUUUUGAUAGUAAUCAACUAUCGGUAGAUACAGUUAAAACUGGAUUAUCUUUUAUAUCAAGUAGUACUGUAACAUUUGAUUUCACAUUUUCGGAAUCAGUAAAGAGCACGGACAAGAUAAGCAGCAAAGUUUUCAGUAGUGUGUAUAAAAUAUCUUCCCAAUUUGACUUAUUACAGUCAAAUAAUUCAUCGACUAGCUUGACGACAGACGCUGACCAGAACGUUCCUACAACCACAGAGACAGUGCUGUCAACCCUACCUGAACCAACACAUGACAUUGAGAUAACAAAGACUUUUGGUAAAGGAAGUAGUAAUUAUAGCAGUGCAGAUAAUUCAACACCUUUAAACUUUCAUUUAUCAACCACGAGUAUGGCGGAAAUGUCUGCAUUAAGUAAUUAUUCCUUUACCACACCUGACCAGGCAAGUAGUGUUUCUAAAAUAAGUAGUUCGUUUACCGACAGUAUCUUAUCAACACAAUUAACGUCUAAUCAAUCAUUUAAUUCAUCGGAAACUCUUACAUUGAAAACCACCGAAGUCUUUUCAAGUUCAAGUUCUGAUGGAGGACUAAGCUCUGCGCCUCUGUCCACAUUAAUUGCGACUAGCAUGGACAAAAUAGAACUCAAUGCAAGUUCGUCAGUUGUAAUGGAUAAAACAACAGCUUUAGCUUAUUCGUCAAGUGAAAUAUAUAGUUCAACUUUAAAUGAAAUACAAUCGGAUCAGAUAACACCGAGAUCUGACUUAGUUUUAUCUUCAUUUUCAAGUACUUACGAUUCACCUGUAAUUUCAACACUGAAAAACAAUUUGAGUACAUCUUCAUAUGAAACAUUUAUUCACAAGAGUGAACAAUCAUAUACAUUUUCAAGUACAAUUAUAAGAUCAAAUACCGAUGGAAUCAAAAGGACUAUUUCCUCAUCUUCGGGUUCGAUAGUCCCUACCACGCCUCAUGAUACAGGUGCUACUUCCGCAUUCAGUAAAAUGCCAUCAUUUACAACCACCACCCUGCUUGAUUCACGACCUGCAGAACUACAGACACAGAUAGACGAUCUAAAUCAGACAGUUAAUGGAUACAAAAUCGCUGUGGUGGUACUUGCACUGAUAAUAGUACUUUUGAUAACAUUAAUUGUUCUGUAUAUCAUUAGACGCAGGAGAUAUUAUCAAAGAAAGCAGUUGAUUACAAGAGGAAUAAUUGAUGAGGAUUUGUUGGGGAAAGAUGGAACGAAGAUAAGGCAGCAUAACAGGCCGUAUUUUGAUACUUCACAGACAGGCGAUUUACGUUUAAGUGGGAGAAUGAGCACAGCUUCACUAGAAAAUAGAGACAGUGAACCGCUAGGUUUGUUAGAAUCAUUUAACAGAUCUAAGAACCAAACAGUACAAGAAUCUACUACAGAAAAUGGAGAGAACAAGAACAAAAUUGAUAAUAUAAAAGAUGAAGAAUUGUAAUAUUUCUAAUAUUUAUCUCAUGGAAAAACAGCUUUGAAAAGUACUGGUGUGUAUGAAGAAGUUAACGAAAAUGACUUAACGUACAAUAGUCAUGAACAAUUUUAGCGUGCAAAUAUACGUUUACAUCGUUUAAUUAUCGAAACAUGUGUUUGUUUAAUUGGAAGGAAAACUUCGUAGAUUUUCUUGAAAGUCAAAAUAUUUGCUAGAAAGUUUCUAUUGUUUUUCGUCUGCAGUCAAAUUCCUCGACGCUUUCUGGAUACUUCAGAUGUUUAUAUGGAACAAUUUACUACAUUUGCAUUAGAAAAUGAAUGAAAGUACUGUGUUUGAAGAGUUUCCACCGUCAAGUUGAGAUAUGACGUUCGCAAAUAUCCGUUUUACUGGCUCCGCUCCGUGUCAGCAUGCAGUAAACUGGCAUUACUUUACACAAAUCAGCAAAUUGACGUGGCAGCUCUUCCAACUCAUUACUGUUAUUUCUGAAAUAGUAGUAUAUGAUAUGAUAUGAUAAGCUUUAUAUAAUAUAAGUGCAAUAUAUUGUUUUGAUUUUAUAAAGUAUAAUAGGUUGUUAGUCAAUGGAUAUAUGUGUGGUAUCAAUUCUUAUAACAUCAUGUGAUUGUUAAUAUUUGUACAUUGAAUGAUUCGUUAUAUUUUAAUACAAAUGUAUUUUUACAUGUGUUUCCCUUCAAAUUUUAUAUGUAUAACAUAUUUUAAAAAUAAUAAAAUUUAAAUCAAAGGUCAGUGUUUACAUGUCGUUUGCAAUCGCUGCGUAUUAUGUAUAUGAUUGAUUGAUCGAAAGAUUGUGAGGAUUUAACACAAUUUAAAGCUCGCGGUCAGUUUGUAUUAGGGAGGAAGCCGGAAUGCCGGAGUGAACCCUUUGUGUAUGAAACGGUAUCCUCAUCCAUCUGUCAUUCCCUUACAGGACAAACUAGUAUGCGACGCUUUCAGUGUAACCAGAUAUGUACUGAAAAUUCAAUCAAGAGAAAAUAUUGAACAAAUACUAAAUAUGAAUUGGAAAACUACGUUGUCAUUUUUGAAAACCUCCUUCCAUCCUAUCCCUAAUUCUAAAGUAUCUUCGCUGCACAUGAUUUCAUAGUUGUAUCCGAUGCUACCAACGGCUGUAGAUACUAUAAAAAGAAUAAAGAGGUAAAAUAGUAAAAGUUGUAUUUUAUUAUGGCUUAAUCCUUUUUAAAAUAUUUAGUAUAUACUAGUAGCUAUGUAAGUGAUUACAAAUGUCAUGAGAGUUUCGUUACCAAAUGACCUUUACUUUGCAUAAUUACGCCCCUCUGUAGAUGUGUGCUUUCCUUCCUUCGUUGUCAAUUGUCCUUGGAAGAUACUGGACUUGUGUUUGAUAUAUAAUUGAACAAAUGAGCACAAAAGACACAUGUGACUCAAUUCCUGACCACAAAUUAACAAAAACGUUUCGUUAUGUACAUACAUGUGUGCUAUCCGUUUCCAAAACAUGUUCUGCAAUGAAUAACUGAAAGUGCUUAUUAGAAUUGAAGGGUACAGAUUACAAUAAUACUAUUGGAAACUAUAAAUUAAACAUUACACUGUCUUAAGAAUAAGACGAUCAAUGCCACAUUUGAGAGAAUGAUAGGCAAAUAUUUUAAAUUGGAGAUAGAAUCGUAGUUGGUUCAACUAUGGACAAAGGAAGAUAACUCCAAUGUUAAAUAUUACCUUUCACAAUGAUUGUUCUUUGUAGAAAUGAUAGAUUAUAUAUUAAUGUAUAUAUUUUAUCAAUAAAUUUUAUUAAUAAAUUUAUUUAUAUGUACACAGACAUGAUGAAAAGAAUGUUUGUCUCAUGGCACAAUAGUUCUGUACUUUCUAAAGUACUAAUGAAAUCUGGAAAGUAUAACCGUCGAGCCAGUCCAAUAAGGGUUUUGAUUGCAUGAAUGCAAUCUUUACACCAAUAACAGGUGAUUUGAAUUUCUUUGCAACUUUUUAGCGAAAAUAAACAGCCAACGAACAAACAAACAAACAAACUAACAAAAUAUGUACCAAUACCAAGCUCAAUAAGUUACAAAUCAUUCCAUUUUUACAUUUUUAAUUUUUUAAAACAUGUUUUAUUCGCUGAAAACAUAAUAAAAAAGAAAGACAAAAGUUAAACUUGUAUGUAAUAUCAAUAAAAUGAAUAUUAUUGAAUACUUUAUCAUAUAAUUCAAAACAUAGACCUGUAUUUAAAGAGACAUACGACUAAACAAAAGAGGAGUGAAAGAAAAAUGAGAAAUUACCACUUAAUCGUAGCAAAAGGACUUUACGAAUACGGUAAGCAAUGGAUCUGUAAUAAGUAUACUAGUAUUAUGGAAGUUUACAGAGAAUUACAAAUCCAUUUUUGCUCUUGUUCGAACGAAUUAAGACUGCGGAUUGGAAUCGGAUUACGUUUAUUGUGUGAAGUCGUUGUUGUUCCAUUGCCUGCAUUAAUGAAUUUCAAAUUGCAGAUUAGUUUGAUAUUGUAUUCGAAAAUUUAAAAUCGUUGUUCAAAAGGAAUUUAAGUCUUGAGUUUAAUACGAUAGUUGUUAUUCAGAUGAGAGUAUUACAUGGGCUAAGGAAACUUUAUUGCCUAAUAUCUUGUGGUUUGAAAAUGUUCGUCGAAGAUCGUGAUAUUUCGGUCGGCAGCGCACAUGCUGAUUCUACAGCCGUGUCGAUUGCACAAAUUCGACACAUAAUCUUCGUCUUAACCGAUGGUUUUGUCGCCAAAAUUGGAGUGAGUUGGAGAUUGAACGAAUAAAAUACGAAAAAUGCACGUCACUUGCAGAUAGUCAUUACAAAACAAAUCACAAUUUAUCCGUAUAUGUUUUCUGCUUCACUGGAUGCUCUUUGUAAAGACUUAUUCCUAUUUAAAAGAUGAUAAAAAUAAGAAUGGAUAUACAAGGCUAAGAAUGGCUCUAGUUUCUUUUUUUUUUAAUGAGUUUUCCUUCUUCUUUUUUUUAAUCAGCAUGAACCGACAAAAUAUGAAAUCUACAAGUAUUUAGCACGAGAUAUUUUUGUCGUGACGCAGGACAAACCGACGUGCUCAAAAACUUGUUCGUUGAAAACUAAAUAAAAACACAACACACAACAUAUAAUUACUAUCGUAUUGCUCUGUGAUUUGCAAAUUUUACUAACUGGUUAAAACGUCCCUAGGAAUGCUGAAAGUAUGAAUCUAUAGCUAACCGAUGUCUUAAACAGAAGUCAACUCAUCACAGGCACUUGUCUCAGAAAAAAAUGUCCUAUAUACCUUAAUAUAACACAAGGUACUUAACUCGCAUUUUUUAAAAAUGUCACCCGGUGUAGGUAGACGAAAUAAUUACGGUUGACAUACUUGGGUAGGCCUGCUACGGGUGAUUCUUACAACAAAGGUAGGCGUGUUCUACACCAUUGUGUAGAUAAAUCGAUUUAGAUUUACGGCAUAACAAGUUCUAGUGGGGUUGACAACCGAGAAAUCGGCAAAUAACGGAACUUCGCGACCGGGUGACAUUUUUAAAAAAUGCGAGUUAAGUACCUUGUGUUAUAUUAAGGUAUAUAGGAAAUUUUUUUCUGAGACAAGUGCCUGUGCAACUCAUUGAAUAAAUUAUCCCGAAAUUUAUCUUAUGUUUUUUUUUAAUUAUAUUACACUUAUCAACUGAAAAUCAUUGAAACGUAUGCAUUGCCAUUUGAAAAAAAAAAUCUAUAUAUAGGCUUUUCCCUCUUGCGAAGUAUACAAUUCACUCACUUAAUCACCAGUAAGUACAUUAUGUCAUCAGCUUGUUGUAAGGCGUGAUUUCUUUCAUAGUUAACGACCUUUUUUGUUGCUUAAAAAUAGAUUUUGGCGCUUCCUCAGAUUUAUUGCCAAUAGCAUACAUAAUACUAACACAUUUCCAUUAUGUUCUAUAUUUUAAAACCACUUAUUCAUCGACACGUGACUGAUGUGACAUUAGAUCAAAGAUAAAUUGAUGAUUUUGAUUUUAUUGUUUCCAUAUCAAUCAUCAAUAAUUCAUAUGUCUCUUGGCUGCUUAUGCAACAUGACUCACGGUGUACACUAACAGUAUAGUUACGCACUGGAGCAUUCAUGAUGCUGUGGUCUUGAAUAGUAGAAAAUAAAUGCUUUUCUAGAAGAAUAAAAAGUAGCAUUUAUUUCUCGUCUUUAUCGAUAAAUAUAUAUUUCAGCAAAGAUUGAUGAAAUUGUCAUUGAAAUUCGCAAAAUAAUGUCGCGUACAGAUUGCCAUGAUAUACAUACAAACAAUUCACAAACUGGACAUCAAUCAUUUCGUUGUAAUAUAACCUUCAGUACUGAUCGAGAAAAUUUAUGGUUUUAUUCAAAAUCAAUACAAUAUUAAAAAUUCAUAUAUUAAGCAAUAAAUUGGUAAGGUCAUUAUUUUAUCAUCGAAGGUUUAGAUGCAAUGCAAUACCGACAUUUGAAUAGCUAAAAAUUCUGUUAGUAUCUAAAUUACCAUCAAUUCUAUUUGAAUAAACGGACGGGUGCACGAAGAAACCUCGAGUCUCAACAAAACAUUCAAACCGAUUUGGAACUUCUGCAUAGACGUUAAUUUUUUGACAACCACUAAUGAAAUAAUUAAAGAUUCUAGCAUUUCAAGUACCAUCAAUUCAUUUGAAAUAAACGAACGGGCGCUCUGGGUGUAUUUCCUGCUUUUUAAAAUUUUUAACCAAAUAUUCAAACCGAUCUGAACCACCCGUUUAGACGUUGAUAUUUUGGCACCCCUUAUGAAGUAAUACUUAUAAUACUUCAAUAAAGGUUGGCAUCCGUCGUGUCGAAAGGAUGCACUGAUCCAGAGGCCCAGACUAUACAAUUUUAAACACCCAAUCAUAUAAUAUUAUCAUUUAGCAAUUGUAAAACUGUGUGAAAAUAUUUUAAACUAAAUUAUCUUUUAAACGGAACACAACAAUCUGAAUGGAUAUACUAAUUAAACUUGUAAUAAUCUAUAGUAAUAGUAAAUACUUAUCAGUUUAAAUUGUUGGAUUAAGAUCAAAGUUUUUAAUCCACAUGAAGUUGAUUAUCCCACACUAUUUAUCAUGUAAAUUAAAAUUUAACUUCACAAUUCUAUUUGAAUAACUUAACUUCUACAGUAUAGCAACGACUGUUUAUUAAUGAAUACAUAAAGUAUGCUAAUUCUUACUUCAGAUUAUUAGAUUAAUUCAAAUACAAUUAAAUCGCCCCGUCGUUAAUACAAUUUGUUGACAUAUUUUGAAAUAUUUAUUGGCACUAAUUAAAUAACGGUAAACAAAAACGUGUGUUGCUUCUGGUAGGUAAUAUAUCUAUGAUAAUGUGGUAAUUUUGUAUAAUUAGAUCCAUGCCGAGGAAACUAUUGCCUGUGGAUGUACACCAUUGUUCGGAAGCAAGGAUCUUCCCAUAUAAAACAUCGCAAUUCAAGAUAUUCGGAAACUCAGUUGAAUUCAAGUUACUGGAACAUAGAUUUAGUGCGGAACAAAAACAAAUUUUUGAAAUAUAGAUCGAACAAUUAUUGUAAAAUUUUAGACUAAAUCUAUUACAGACUUUUGUGUUAUACUGGAAAUCUACUUUGUGAAACCUACCUUUGGAUUAAGUGUAAUUUCACUGAUGGAUAUAAAGAUAUAGAAAUCAUGGAUAUGCAUUUAACUCCGUUUAAAAGAAGAUAUGUGGACAACUGGAGAAAAGAAGUAAACAAACAUCUGCGGGCAGGUACAAUGUGGAAAACACUGACCGACACACCAUUAUCAAAUGUUGCACUUGAUAAUCAAAUCAAAAGCAAGUUUGAAGUUUCUUCAAAUGGAACAAUAUCUCAUGAAAUAGCGACCCAAACGUCCCCAGGAACAGUUAACAGUACAAAACAAACCAGUAAUAAGCGGGUAUGCUUUAAGUAUUCACGACUUGAUAAUAAUGUCGAACAGAGUAAAGGAACAGAGAAAAUGCAUGAAGGAAUGCAGUCAAACUGUGCUCGCAAGAUUAACCAGAAACCAUCAUAUCAACGUAACGAAAAGAAUCCCUGUGAAGACAUUGAAGAGGAACACACUCCAUUAGUUAUCAUUGAUCCGCAGUUGAUGACCCCGAUGCGGAACUAUGAAAUAAAUCCACAAGAGAGAUCAUCAAAUAAUCGCCCUAAGUCGAUCGAAAGAAACAUAAAUAAUCCAUUCAAAUUCACUUCAGUGCAAAACUCACGAGACAUCAAUCCCGAGAAGAAAAAGGAAGUAUGGUCUAUUCGGUGCCAAGUUCAGUCACGAGACAGGAAUAGUUUUGUCGUUUCUCGUUCAAAUUUAUUCAAAUAUAAUGAUAUAACCAAUCAUAGUUUUCUGAACUUACCAUCUCGAUUCCAAAAUGACAAAUACAAUCAACAGCAAAUAACAUCGAAGCCGGAAGUUUCGUUGAAUCAGCCCUCUCCGCGAAGAAACAUUACUUCAAUGUUUGCUGUACAAGCAUGGUAACGCGCGUGAAUGGCGUGAAUGUUCUGUUUUUUUUUACUUCAAUGUUUUCUCUACACGUAUGGUAAUGUGAACGUUCUGUUUUGUUACUUCAGUGUUCGCCAUAUAAUACAAGCAUGGUGAUGUGAACGUUCUGUUUUGUUACUUCAGAGUUCGCCAUAUAAUACAAGCAUGGUGAUGUGAACGUUCUGUUUUGUUACUUCAGUGUUCGACAUAUACAAGCAUGGUGAUGUGAACGUCCUGUAAUUCUCAUGAGCAAUAUUAUACUUUUUGUGUUGGAAGACAGUUAAGCCGUAAGAAGAAGUAUAAGACCUUUGCAAUAUCCAUUGUUUUUGUACACUUACCUUCUUUUAUCAGACUAAUUCCUCACGACAAACCCGCAGCAAAUAUUGAAUCAUGUAUAAUUGUGGAACGAACAUUCAAAAUAAGUUAUUAUACAUGUAGAUAGUUUUUAUAUUGUGAUGCUAGAAACAAAAAUGUAUUUCUAUGUAGACAAAGUAACAGUCUGACUACAGAACUGAGACUACUACUAAAAUAAUUAUAGAAACAGUACAGAGCCAAUAAAGAUAAUUCUAG